AUGGGUCGUUGGAAUCAUGAGAGCCUCAUAUACGGCGAGUUCGAUACUGGGUCCAACAAUAGCAACUCAUCAGAUUCGGAUGACGAACUCAUCCUCCCCAAAUAUGAUAAUUGGGCAGAGAUAUCAUCUCCAACUCGAGUUCCUCCGACUCCGGCGACAUGGGAGCCCUUACCAUAUGGCAUUCCGACCAUAUGUUACUGUGGACAACCAGCUGUGCUUAAGACUCAAACAAUUGGGUUAUUGACUGGGACCAAAUUCUACUCUUGUGCCGGUGAUAUUCGUGUAAGGACCAAUUCUACUCUUGAGUUUGCUAAUCUUAAGGAGAUGGAAACCAAAGUUUUAAGAAGUGACAAAGAAGUCAAUGACCUAAGGGAGAUGGCUUUGCAACUUCAAGCAAAGCUGACGAAAUUGGAAACGGAUUUGAAGAGCUGA